GACAAAUGCCAGGAAAAGGAAACUGUUGAGAAACCGAAACUACUGGGGAAAGGGAGGGCUGACUGAGAACCAUCCCAGUAACCCGACCACCGCUGGUCUUCGCUGGACACCAUGAACCACACUGUCCAAACCUUCUCUCCUGUCAACAGCGGCCAGCUCCCCAACUAUGAGAUGCUCAAGGAGGAGCACGAGGUGGCUGUGCUGGGGGCGCCCCACAACCCUGCUCCCCCGACAUCCACCGUGAUCCACAUCCGCAGCGAGACCUCCGUGCCGGACCAUGUUGUCUGGUCCCUGUUCAACACCCUCUUCAUGAACCCCUGCUGCCUGGGCUUCAUAGCAUUCGCCUACUCCGUGAAGUCUAGGGACAGGAAGAUGGUUGGCGACAUGACCGGGGCCCAGGCGUAUGCCUCCACCGCCAAGUGCCUGAACAUCUGGGCCCUGAUUCUGGGCAUCCUCAUGACCAUUCUGCUCAUCGUCAUCCCAGUGUUGAUCUUCCAGGCCUAUCAAUAGAUCAGGAGGCAUCAUUGAGGCCAGGAGCUCUGCCCAUGACCUGUAUCCCACGUACUCCACCUUCCAUUCCUCGCCCUGCCCCCCGGGCCGAGUCCUGUAUCAGCCCUUUAUCCUCACACACUUUUCUACAAUGGCAUUCAAUAAAGUGCACGUGUUUCUGGU